AUGGCUACCACAAAAGCCCCCAUCGAUCCCACCAAACGCCGCCGCAUCGGUGUCCUAACCUCCGGUGGUGAUGCCCCCGGCAUGAACGGUGCGGUGCGAGCCGUCGUCCGCAUGGCUAUCAAUUCCAACUGCGAGGCCUAUGCCGUUUUCGAGGGGUACGAGGGAUUGGUUGGUGGCGGCGACAUGAUCCGUCAGCUACACUGGGAAGACGUCCGUGGCUGGCUGUCGCGCGGUGGUACUUUGAUUGGUUCCGCUCGCUGUAUGGCUUUCCGCGAACGGGCCGGUCGUCUAAAAGCCGCGAAGAAUAUGGUCCUCCGCGGUAUCGAUGCCCUAGUGGUCUGUGGUGGUGAUGGAAGUUUGACCGGUGCCGAUGUUUUCCGCUCGGAGUGGCCGGGUUUGCUGGAGGAGUUGGUAAAGACCGGCGAAUUGACCCAGGAGCAGGUCAAUCCCUAUAAAAUCUUGAACAUUGUAGGUUUGGUGGGCUCAAUCGACAACGACAUGUCUGGCACCGACGCUACUAUCGGUUGCUAUUCCUCUUUGACGCGCAUCUGUGAUGCGGUCGACGACGUGUUUGAUACUGCGUUUUCCCAUCAGCGAGGAUUCGUUAUUGAAGUCAUGGGCCGCCAUUGUGGAUGGCUAGCACUGAUGGCAGCCAUCAGUACCGGAGCUGACUGGCUCUUCGUUCCCGAGACACCGCCCCGUGACGGGUGGGAGGAUGACAUGUGUUCUAUUAUUACCAAGAACCGUACAGAGCGUGGCAACCGCCGCACUAUUGUCAUUGUUGCCGAAGGUGCUCAAGACCGCCAUCUCAGGAAGAUUUCGAGCGCUGCUGUAAAGGACAUUCUCACAGACCGCCUUGGUCUGGACACCAGAGUAACUGUUCUUGGUCACACGCAGCGUGGAGGAGCAGCCUGUGCCUACGAUCGCCAGCUUUCGACUCUGCAGGGUGUUGAGGCUGUGCGUGCAGUGCUUGAUAUGAAGCCUUCUUCCCCGUCCCCAGUUAUUACCAUCCGCGAAAAUAAAAUUCUGCGAACCCCCUUAAUGGAGGCUGUCAAAGAAACCAAGAAAGUGAGCCAGUUGAUUGAGGAUCGAGACUUCGAAACCGCCAUGGCCCUGCGGGAUUCUGAAUUCAAAGAGUACUAUUUUGCCUACCGUAGCACAGCUACCCCCGACCAUCCUAAGAUGAUUCUCCCUGAUAAUAAGAGAAUGCGGAUUGCCAUUAUUCAUGUCGGUGCUCCUGCCGGAGGAAUGAACCAGGCAACCCGUGCUGCCGUGGGGUAUUGUUUAACUCGAGGACACACACCAAUUGCAAUCCAUAACGGUUUCUCUGGUUUGUGCCGCCAUCAUGCGGACAAGCCCAUCGGCUCUGUGCGCGAGGUGAAGUGGCAGGAAACGGACCUUUGGGUUAAUGAGGGAGGAUCGGACAUUGGAACAAACCGAGGCCUACCCUCAGAAGACAUCGAGACCACGGCCAAGUGCUUCAAAGAGUACAAGUUUGACGCUCUGUUCGUGAUUGGUGGUUUUGAGGCAUUCACUGCAGUUAGCCAGCUUCGCAAGGCCCGAGAGAAAUACCCCGUUUUCAAGAUCCCGAUGGUCGUACUGCCAGCAACAAUCUCAAACAACGUGCCGGGAACUGAGUACUCUCUGGGUAGCGACACCUGUCUCAACACGCUGGUUGAUUUCUGCGAUGCCAUUCGACAGUCCGCAUCAUCCUCACGGCGCCGUGUCUUCGUUGUUGAGACGCAGGGCGGCAAAUCGGGCUACAUUGCCACCACUGCGGGCCUGGCAGUGGGAGCAUCAGCGGUGUAUAUCCCGGAGGAAGGCAUAGACAUCAAGAUGUUAGCGCACGAUAUCGAUUUCCUGCGGGACAACUUCGCACACGACAAGGGCGCCAACCGCGCUGGGAAGAUUAUUCUUCGCAAUGAGACCGCGUCUAGCACAUACACAACCCAGGUGAUCGCAGACAUGAUCAAGGAGGAAGCGAAGGGCCGGUUCGAGUCCCGAGCGGCGGUACCAGGUCACUUCCAGCAGGGAGGCAAGCCUUCACCGAUGGAUCGUAUCCGUGCUCUGCGCAUGGCAAUUCGUUGCAUGCAGCAUCUCGAGAGCUACUCGGGAAAGACACCCGACGAAGUGGCGGCGGAUGAAAUCUCUGCCUCAGUGAUCGGCAUCACGGGUUCGCAGGUGCUGUUCUCGGCCAUGGGGGGUCCUGAGGGACUGGAGGACACGGCGACCGACUGGCGGCGUCGUCGUCCGAAGGCAGAGUUCUGGUUGGAGUUGCAAGACACAGUCGACAUCCUGUCGGGCCGGUCAAACUGGCGAGCUGGACGCCAGACCAGCUGGGGAAGCUAUGAAUCUGUGUAG